CCUUCCGCAACUUAAUCGCGUCUUUCCUCCCCUUCACUUACGGUUUUGGCACCACGGUAUUUGUCGAGAUGAUUUUCAUCUCGUAUAGUGGCCUAUAUAACUGCAUUACAUAUUAUUAAUCAUUAUUCAUUGCCUUCAUGGCCGAAAAACGCAGACUUUCCGCUCGCGAACGCCGCGAACCGGCGUCGAAGAGACGAGCCUCCGAAGCGCCCUCUCAAUCGCAAUCUAUACAAUCUUCGUCAAAGAAACGAGCCUCGACUGCUGCUGCGCCCCCGACUCCAACCCCACCUCCUCCUCCGCCUGUCGAGGUUGUCGAAAAUCCUCUACCAACAAAAAUCAAAGACGGGGAGGGUCUCCCCACUGUACCAUCACCCCAGCCGGAGAGGCUAUCCGCAAAGGAGUAUCAGUCAUAUGCAGAAAGUGCGGUCCUCCUAGCUUCGUUGGAACGAUCGAAAAAGAAAUGGCUCAGCGAUGGCAUCCUGGUGCGAUACUGGACGAAACCAAAGAAGACCAAACGAGAGCAAAUUGAGGGCAAAAAUCCUCCCAAAGAAUCCAUGUCGAAGGUCGGGCCUUGUAACAUUGCUGUUGGCCCUCAUCUCUUCGAUGCUAUGCUCUACACCGUCAAAGACCCCAAUGCGCCACCGCCAAUUCAAUACACGCCCCCUCAGCGGCCGAUGGUUCACUACGGCCACCCUAAUAACUUCCAGCAAUACCAACCCUAUCCUACUCCUCCUCAACAUGCACGACAGCAUCCCCCUCAAAACCCGCCCGCCCACUUGGCUUCCCCCCAGCCGACUUAUCAGCAGGGCAAUCAUCCACCACCUCCGCAUCAUACCAGAACACCCAAUCAGCCUCCUCAACGUCCAUCUCAAUCGGCCCAGCGGCCGUCACCAUCGCAGCACUCACAAGCCCAGCCUCCAAAGCCUAGUCCGGAUCCAGUGAUUCAGAUGCUUGCAACACGAGCUGCCUCAGACCCGGAUCUGAAGGCGUUGAUGAGAGUGGUCGCCUCGAGCAAAGCUUCUCAAGAACAGCUUCGUGCUUUUCAGGCUCAUAUCGAUGAGCUGAAUGCGAUUAUUCGCGCAAGAGAGCAACAACAACAAAGACAGCAACAGCAACAGCAACAGCAGUCCCACCCCCAAACGCCUAAUCAGCCACAGGCAUCGCCGCGGACACCGCAGCAAGCAUCUCAACCACCACCGACAUCCCAAAAACCUUCACAGCCUCCACAACCUCGACAAUCUCCACAACCCCCACAGCAGCCAAGCCAGCAGCAGAACCAACAACAAAAGAAGCCUACCACACCAUCGCAGCAAUCAGCACAACCACGGCCGCAGGAACAGCCUUACCCGCGAGUUGAAGUCCAUGUCCCGAAACCCCCACCGCCACUAGCCUCUACGCCUGAGACCCCUAGUGCAAGUGCGCCGAAUCAGUCCCAAACACCAUCACAGAAGCCCAGUGUAACGCCACAAAUCAAACGAGAGCCUGGCGUUGCAGCUGCUCAGCCCUCGCCCACCGCAGAACCGUCCGCAAAUAUUAAGCAACAGAGUCCUGCGGUGCGGCCUAUGGCACCUCCACAGAACCAAUCCGCUGGAUCACGACCAGGGCCUCCAUACCCACCUUACCAGCAACCACCAUAUCAGGGCCAUCCACCUGCGAUUCAGUCACGGCCUCCACAGUACGGGUCUCCGGCUCCCUACUAUCGACCAGCUCCCCCGCCACCACCCCCGAGAUUGAACUACAAGUCGGUUGUUUUCGAGUUUACAUCACCCUUAACACCGUAUGGAAGUAGCACUUCGGGUCAUGCUGGCUCUGGAGAUCGUUACCUGUUUCCAGAGUAUACUAUAUUGGAAUGGCUUCCAGACGGGAACACCGUUCUUGCAUCUUUUUUGCUUGUUAGAAAGGUGGAUCCGAACACCCCCUUCCCUAUAGAGACAGCAUCAGAAGUGGCAAACUCGCGAACUAAAGGCAAGUCGGCGUCAAGAUCGAAGAAGGGGGACAAAAACAAAGACAAGGAUAAAGAGAAGGACAAAGACAAAAGCAAAGAAGGCGAGAAGUUGGAGGGAAAGGAGAAUGAAAAGGAGAAAGAGGAGAGUACUGCGCAACCUCCUACCAGCCAGACUGCCGCUACUGAUAGUAAACCGACCCCAACCGAAGGGGAAAAGCCAGCUGGUGGUCAAGUUGACCAAAAAGCUCCACCAGCUACCACAGCAAGUCAACUCGGCUCAGACAAGCCUCAGCCUAAAGACAAGCCCGAAGACGUGGCCAAGGCUACCAAGCUGAAAGAGUAUUACCAACCUGUUACAUUCCGCAUUCAUAGCUCCAACGCUAAAGUCCUCGAGCCUUUAUCUCGAGUGGUCAAGCCUCCUGAUGAGGUGCGCAAGUACAUGAAUGAGAUCAUGGACCGGGCAGAGCGCGCUCCUGAUGGGUUCCUUGCGUUCCGACUACCACGCGAAGAAGCAGGCGACGAGCAUGACGUAGAGGAUAAGAAGAAAAGUGGAACGCCAGUCUCUGGAAACCGCAGCCGGAUCUCUAGGGGCCGAGCGGUUGAUGAUGAAUCAGACAUCGAAAACAGAGAGGAGCCCGCUGAGGAAGAAGAGGAAGAGGAACUGAAGGAUUAUUAUGGGCCACCAACUGGACUUGUACCGAUGGGUCUAUAAACCAUUGAGGCUCGCGUACCCGGUCUUUUUUAUUCUACUAUUGGCCGCAAUUUGAUACUCGAUAAUUGUACUUUUAGGUGUUGUAUCACGUCUUAUGUAUGAUGAACAGACCGAACUAUUUAUACCAAACAGAUUAGAUCGCUUUUUUAGAAGGCGG